UUCAUUUUCCAAAGUAGAGUUACUUUUGCAAAUGCACCUCUGAUUAUAGCUCGAUAUGAACGGUUCGCUGUCUUUACCACUAGAACUGAGCUGCACAAGGUCUUACAUCCGCUUUACUGAAGUGAUUCAGUUCUUCAGGAAGCUUUGGUAUAGGAGCAGACUUCGCAAGACCAUACAUAAAGUAGAGGCUGUCCUCGCCACAUCAUCUGAUACGAUAUCUGGGAGCGCCUUUAUUGACAAAACCACAACCCGUCGCUCUUCGUGACG